UGGUUUAGUUGCGUGCGAGACGCGAAUGCGAGAGCAUCGUGCAAAGAAAAGAAAUAAUCGUAGUCGAAUUUACAGAAGCAACGUUAUAGCGUGAGACUCGAAAUUCAAAUAACGGACCCUGCCACACACGAUACGUUACGAUAAAGAAAAACAAAAAACCAACAACAACCACAAAUACGUCAAAAGUCGCUCAAAGUGUUCAGUGUUGUGUUAGUGUUAGUGUGUGUGAAAAGAAAAAAGAAAAAGCAACUAAAAAUUUCGCUUUAUGCUCAAAAUGAAUUUUAUGAGCAUUAAAACAAAGUUCAAAAUUAUCAUCAUCAACUCUAACUGUGACUGUGGCAAGCAACAAAAACAAAGUGCCAAGUUGCAACAAAAAUAAAAACGAACUUGGGAUUUAUUUUGGAUAGUACGAAGAAGAAGGCGAUACCAAAUAUAUAGAAAUUUAUUUCAACAAACAACGCAAAGUUGCAACAACAAUAAAGUUAAGUAAAGAAAAGACUUUUAUAGCAGACAGCAACAAAAAUGGAGGCAACAACAAACCACACAAAACUCCAACUGGAGGAGGACGAAGAGGAGCCUCAAGCAACAACAGCAACAGCUACGACGACGACAAUGACAACGAAGACGUCGGCAACCAUCAUUGACAUUCCAGCGGCUCCUGCAACGUGCCACAGCUCAUCCUAUGACACGGACUGCAGCACGGCAAGCAGCACUUGCUGCACUCGCCAAGGCGAGCACAUUUACAUGCAACGCGACACGUUGUCAGCCUCAGCAGCGGCAGCCCCAGCAGCAGCGGCAGCAACGUCUGUGGCAGCAACACACAUUGCAUCCACAUCGACGAGCUGUCAUCUGCAACAGUCUCUGGAUGCCGAUGAGUUGACGAUGCUCAAGUUCGAGCAUCGCAAGCAUUGGCCAUGGUUCAUUCUGUUGAUCUCUGUCAUUGAGAUUGCAAUCUUCGCCUAUGACCGCUACACGAUGCCCGCCCAGAACUUUGGCCUUCCCGUGCCAAUUCCCAGCGAUUCGGUGCUCGUCUAUCGACCCGAUCGUCGUCUGCAAGUCUGGCGCUUCUUCAGCUACAUGUUCCUGCAUGCGAACUGGUUCCACUUGGGCUUCAACAUCAUCAUUCAGCUGUUCUUCGGCAUUCCCCUGGAGGUGAUGCACGGCACAGCGCGCAUCGGUGUCAUUUAUUUGGCUGGCGUCUUUGCCGGCUCCCUGGGCACCAGCGUCGUCGACUCCGAGGUGUUUCUGGUGGGCGCCAGUGGCGGCGUUUAUGCACUGCUGGCGGCGCAUUUGGCCAACAUUACACUCAACUAUGCGCACAUGAAGUCCGCAUCCACGCAGCUGGGCUCCGUGGUCAUUUUUGUGUCCUGCGACUUGGGCUAUGCUCUCUACACACAGUACUUUGAUGGCGCUGCCACGCCCGCCUUUGCCAAGGGUCCUCAGGUGUCGUACAUUGCGCAUCUGACGGGCGCCUUGGCGGGUCUGACUAUUGGUUUUCUGGUGCUCAAGAAUUUCGGUCAUCGCGAGUACGAACAGUUGAUCUGGUGGCUGGCGCUGGGCGUCUAUUGUGCGUUCACCGUGUUCGCGAUUGCGUUCAAUCUGAUCAACACGGUCACCGCACAGCUGAUGGAGGAGCAGGGCGAGGUGAUCACACAACAUUUGCUGCACGACUUGGGUGUGUCCUAAGCACAGCGAAAUAGCAACCAUUUAACCAGGAGAGAAACAUAGACAGUUAGACAAAAAUGAGAGAGUGCUUAGAGAAGUACUCAAAGAAGUAAAAAACAUAUAAAAAAAAAAAGCUUAGACCCUUUUGACUUUUUUGCAAAAGUGAAGGGUCUAAGCAAAUUGAAAGAAAAAGUUCACUCGAAUGAUUUUAGUUCAAAACUAAAUUCGCAAUUCGUACGGCUUCAGUUUUCGUUCCGUUCCGUUCAGUUCUGUUCCGUUUCGUUUUAGUUGUGUUCCGUUUAUCGUAAGCGCGUUUCAUUUUCCAACAUUUCACGCAGUAAAACAGAACAACAACAAACAAAACAAAAACAAAACAAAGCAAAACAAAAUCAAAAUCAAACAGAGUAAAUGAAGAACGGGCCGAAACGUGUAAACAAAUGUUGUGAUAGAACCAAAGACUGAAUUUAUUUUGCGUGUAAAUCCCCCGUCCCCCUGCCCCUCCCCCCACCCCUCUCACUCAUCCCCCACCCUUUGAAAUGAUUAAGUAAACUAUAACUAAUCGACUCUCGCUAUGAUUUUUCUGCCCCCUCAUCAUUGUUUAUAAUUUUUUACUGUUUUUCGUUUUAAUUAUGUAUUUAUUGGCACCGUUUAGUUUGUCCAUUUAACUUAUUAAUAGGAUUUGCGAUUAAAGCCUAAUGAAUUUGAUCCGACAACCUUUGUUUAUAGCAUAUAGACUAUUUAAUUAUUUAAAUAAAUAAACUGUAGACACACACACACACGUAGCGUAUAACAAAUUGUUUCAAAUUGUAAAUAUUAUUAAGUCGCACACUAGUCAAAAAAAAAAAAAAAGAAAGAAAGAAAGAAAAAACGCAAAUGCAAAAACCACAGCAAAACAAUAAUUAAAUUACAUUAAAUAAAUGCCACUUAAUGCGUUCAAAAUUAAAACAAAUAUGCACACAAAAAACACAAAAACACACGCAGACACAAAUGCAUACAUAUUUAUUAAUCCUAAAAAAAAGAAAAACAAAACUAAAAACCGAAAAGCCAAAGAACAUAAUAAUCAAAAUAAUUGUAAAAAAAAUGCAAGCAUUUUUUCAACAAAAAACAAACAAACAAACAUAGAAAUCCUGUAAUGAAUUAAAUAUUUACGAAUAGUUAGUUCUUGACAUAUUGAUCGAUAAAUGCGAUUAUUCACUUGAAAACAAAACUAAACUAAAGCAAAACUUAAUCUAGCGUAAAACACUCAGCAAAGCGUAAGCCAAAAAAUGAAUCCCAACAACAAAUAAUAAAGCUAAGCUAAACAACUAGUUGUGACCCUCCUAAGAAAAAAGAAAGAAAAUAAAAA